UGGAAAUGACUGCAGUUAUUCGUGGAGAUCCCCAUUUUCCUAAAUCAUCUGUUUUUAGGCUAAGUAUUUGUUUUGUAUAUUCGGAUUUUAUAGGCUAUCUAGAGUGGCCAAAGAUUUGCAGCAUCUUAUUUAAGGUUUUAUUAUCGUCGACGUCUGGCCUACCUCAUAGGCAAUUAAAUGUUGGGAGAAAAGGCACAAGGCGUCCCUUUGAAAGUAAUGGACUACACCUAUGAUGCCGAUUUGGAAGAAUUGUGUCCUGUUUGUGGAGAUAAGGUCUCAGGAUACCACUAUGGACUCCUUACAUGUGAAAGUUGUAAGGGCUUCUUCAAGAGGACAGUCCAGAAUAAUAAGAGGUACACUUGUGCAGAAAACCAGGAGUGUAAAAUAGACAAAACACAGCGGAAGAGAUGUCCCUUCUGCCGAUUCCAGAAAUGCCUCAAUGUUGGCAUGAGAUUAGAAGCGGUGCGUGCAGACCGCAUGCGUGGGGGCAGGAAUAAGUUUGGCCCCAUGUACAAGCGGGACAGAGCCAUGAAGCAGCAGAAGAAGGCUUUGAUCCGUUCCACAGGCUUCAAGCUGGAUUCUGCUCCUCCACAGCUCUCGCCUGUACAGACUAACUAUGGCUUCACCGGCACCCUGCACAGCCUCCCAUCCCUCCCCAAAGGCCUUAUGCCCUCCAUGCCAACCUCCAUCAACCCCACAGACUACGAGGCCAGCCUCUACGGACCCCCCUCCCUGGGGGUGGCCAUGCAACCCCAAGGGCCCCUGCCCACCCAGUACCAGUACACAGCAUUCCCCAGCAGGGCCAUCAAGUCUGAGUACCCUGACCCCUACACAAGCUCCCCAGAGUCUCUGGUGGGGUACCCCUUACCUGACGGAUACCCCUCUGGUGGCUCCCCGCAGCUUCCCAGCCAGCCCCCCCUCGUGCUGGAGCUGCUGCGCUGCGACCCAGAUGAGAUGCAGGUGCAGAGUAAGAUCAUGGCCUUCUUGCAGCAGGAGCAGAGUGGCCGGGGCCGGCAGGAAAAGCUCAGCACCUUCAGCCUCAUGUGUCGCAUGGCCGACCAGACUCUGUUCUCCAUAGUGGAGUGGGCCAGGAGCUGCAUCUUCUUCAAGGAGCUCAAGGUGGGGGAUCAGAUGAAGCUUCUUCACAACUGCUGGUCUGAGCUGCUGGUUCUGGACCAUGUCUUCAGACAAGUGCAGCACGGGAAGGAGAGCAGCCUGUUGCUGGUUACUGGCCAGGAGAUGGAUCUGUCAUCCAUGGGGUCCCAGGCAGGGGUGACUCUUUCAGGACUGGUCCAGAGAGGACAGGUGCUGGCUGGGAGGCUGCUUACCCUGCAGGUGGACAGGAGAGAGGUUGCCUGCCUUAAGUUCCUCCUUCUCUUCAAUCCCAAUGUAAAGCUGUUGGAGAAUCAAGCAUUUGUGGAGAGUGUUCAGGAGCAGGUGAAUGGGGCUCUGCUGGAAUACACUCUGUGCACCUACCCCCUGUACCUGGACAAGUUCAGCCAGGUGGUGAUGCGUCUGCCAGAGCUGCGAGCCCUCAGCACCCAGGCAGAGGACUACCUGUGCUACAAACACCUGAGUGGGGAGGUGCCCUGCAACAACCUGCUCAUCGAGAUGCUGCAUGCCAAGAGGGCCUGUGUAUGAGCACCAUGCUACCAUCACUAUAUACCAACAGACUGUCUGUGGGACUGACGCUGUGGAAGCCAGACAGGGUUUACGAUUACAGCCCAGAGAGAAUGAUGUGUGUGUUUCUGUGUGUGCGUGUGUGUGUGCAUGUGUGUGUGCGUGAGCAGCCCCUCUGUCCUAGGUGUGUGUAAACAGAAUAUGGACUUGUGUUUUUGGCAGUUCUUUAAAUGUACAUAGAUAACAUUUACAAAAGAAGCUUUGUUAUGGUACUGUACGUAAAUGUAACUUUGCCCUUUUCUUGAAUUCAGCAGAGUGAGGUGUUAUAUCAGAGCUAGUGGAGAUAUUUCUGAUUCUUCAGAUGAAAGAGGCACUAUAACACACGUCAUUCAGACUUGUCCUAGCCUUUCAAAUAUAGUGUAAACACUACAUUUAUUUGAGCACUUGUUCUUUUGUAAAUUGUCACCAACUUCACCACAAAGAAAUUGUUGUGUGAAAAAUAAGUUAUGUUCAAUAUAUUUUUUUUUCUAUUAGAUAUUGAUAUUCUAAUAUAUUAACUACACGUGUUUACAAGAAUCACAUAAGCACAUUCAUAUUCAGUUUAACCUUAGAGUCGAUGUCUUUGCCCCCGUGGAAAUCUAAUUAGCAUAAUACAAAAAUCGACAUAAAUACCUGUCAGUUUAAGCUAGAGAUAUAUUUUUGUUGUUUCAUUGGAUGCGUCUCCAUCCACCACAUCCCCCGAUGUCGCAGUUCCGCAUCUGCGGUGAAAGGUGACAGAGCUAGAGCGCUGUUUGACAGACCAUGAGACAUCCCGAAAAUCUGUCUUUUCACAAAAUCAUCUCCAUGGAAAGAUGAGACUAUCACAAACACAAACAUGUCGGUCUGCUCUAGGACACCCACAGGCCUCACAUGACAUGUCUGAAGGUCCCUCGGUACCAGUUGAAAAAAUGUAUGGAAGUACACUAUCUGUUGUUCCAUGUAGUAAAUCUGUUAUUCAAUGCUUUUAAGGCCAAAAAUAGCAGUAAAGGCCAAACAUAAUUUUUCAUCAAAUAAUUUGUACAUAUUUUUUUGUGGAUACUUCAAGGGGUCUUAAACUUCAAAAAUCAAAUAGCGAAAUGAUCCUUGGUAUGACCUUCUUAAAACAAUUCCAUUUAGCUUAGAACCCCCCGGGUGGGUUAAUGACAGUCUGUUACUCCAUGGAGAUAUUUGCUUAAAGUGAUAGAAAGAGAGAGAGAGAAACAGUGGAGAUGGAAAAUGUGGCACUGAUGUGUGGGACAGAAUGAAAGGAAGCCAUCUUUGUCUGCAGCCAUUUCUUAUUAACAGAUGACUGGAGGAGGGCCCCAGAAAGAGAAGCAGAAAAAUGAACAACAAAGAAAGCAAUCUCUUAUUAAGUAGACAUGUUAAACAUGAAGCUUUAUGGUGUAAAUCCUCUUACCAAAGACCUAUCCACCCUGGCAACAGAGCCAGGUCAAGGAUAUGGGGUCGUGCACUGUGGAUGUUCUCCAGUCCUUUUGUAGUCACAUAAUGAAUGAAAACAUGCAAUUGGUCGAUGUAUGCAAUGUUUGCUUUCCAAGGUAAACGAGAAGGAAGGAGAUAUAGGGAAAUCCAAUUGUAUUGAAGUGUAAAGAGAAUACAGACCAAUCGUACUUGAGAAAUGGCAUAUGAAGUGGAAAACAACAAGUAUCAGAAUUGCAAAGGUAUGAGGAACAACAUCAACAAAAACAAUGUGUAACACGCACAUAUCUGUCAUUUCAGCACAUAUUGAAGCAACAUGUUUGAAUUGGUCACACAGACAUGGCAGGGUUGGCUCUAUUAACUUAUUCUAGACAAUCAUAACACUUGCCUUAAGAUAACCCUGGCCUGUCUGUCUGUGAAUAUAUGGACCAUGGUUUAGUAACUGAUGUGAGAGUCAUCUGUACCUCUCCGCUGUAGUACAUUUCAAUUGGGAAACAUGAGAAGAUUAACACAGUGAGCUGUACCAAGCUCAGAUGUUUCAACAAACAGAUGUCUCUGUUUGUAAUUGGUUCUCUUGAUGUUGCUUUUGCUUCUAUUGUGUUUUUACCUUAUUCCGUGCGGUCCCAGUCUUAGUCGUUUUUGGUGAUGAGAUCUGUUUAUAGUCCUCAUUCUCAAACUGUCUGUGCUGGUCCACUUUGUUUCCUCUCUCAGCAAUUUGAAUGCUUUUCAAACACAAACAAUCAAAAUGUUUUUUUUUUCUUGAAAUAUAUUUUAUUGCAAUAGCAUCAAACCAAUAAAUGCAAUUAAGUAAAGCUCUA